AUGUCGCGAUCCGACGAGGCCACACGGAAGCGCAAAGCACCCGAGCCUCCAGCAGAUCGAACGACAACGAAGAAAUCAAAGACUGAGACAACCACUAAAUCCAAUUCUGCAUCAAAAUUGAAGGAUGCGCCACAGAAGGAUGAAGAGAGGCCGGCAAAGUCUGCGACGAAGAGUGUGCUCUCAAGAGAGCAGCCGGCAUUCCCUCGGGGUGGUGCCAGCGUUCUGACACCGCUGGAGAAGAAACAGAUCAGUGCUCAAGCAUGGCGGGAGGCCGAAAGAGAAGCAGAGGGCCAACCUUCGCUGUUCGACGACAGACCUGCGAAGCCAAAGUCGGAACCGAAUGUCAAAAGCAGUAUCACUACCUCAGGCAAAGACAGGAAGCAGAAGAAAGGCAAGAAUGGGUCAAAAUCAGAAGAGCCGCAACUUCCCAAGGACACAAGCAUCGGAGGUCUCAGCUACAAGCGCCUGGUGGUCGGAUCUCUACUGCUCGGUCGAGUCGCUGCUAUCAGUGAUCGUGACCUGACCAUAUCGUUGCCCAACAAUCUCAUUGGCUUUGUCCCCAUCACAGCCAUCUCCAACAAGUUCCGCGACAAAGUGCAGCAAGUUGUUGAGAAGGACGGCGAUGCAGAUGACGGCGACGACGAUAUUGAUCUCGACACACUUUUUGCCGAGGGUCAAUUGCUACGAGUCGCUGUUGUCUCCCUUAGCCAGCCUGAGACAUCUUCAGGUGCACAGGGUCGCAAGCGAAUCGAACUGUCGGUCGAGCCAACGAAAGUGAAUAUUGGCCUCGACAGGAGUCUGCUAGUACCUGGUGUCACAGUGCAGGCUUCGAUCGCCAGUGUCGAGGACCAUGGGCUUGUUGUUGAUCUUGAUCUCGAACAGAGUAAAUGCAGUGGCUUCAUACCCGCCAAGCAUUUGCCGGAAGGGCAGUCGCUCGACCAGAUGAAAGAAGGUGCCGUCUUACUGUGCCAGGUGGCCAAGAACGAUCCCAGCGCCAAGGUCGUGUCCCUGUCUGCUUCGCUCACAGUCCAAAAGGCAGCGAAAGCGCCACCUACUGUCGACGCGUUCUUGCCUGGAACUGUCGCCGAGAUUCUCCUGACUGAAGUUCAGGCCUCUGGAUUGGUUGGCAAAGUAAUGGGCGCACUCACCACAACCGCCGACAUUCUCCAUUCCGGAGCUUUUAAAGACAAACAGUCCUUCGCCGAGUCCUACAAAGUCGGCGCAAAGGUCAAGGGUCGGCUCCUCUACAAAAUCGGCCCAACAGACGACUGCAGAUACAAAGACAAGGUCGGUGCGACCAUUGCGAAGGCAACAAUCGUCAGCAUUGAGCCUGGUCUGGGUGCGUAUCUUGAUCUCGGCUCAGAUGCAAUGGGAUUUGCACACAUCUCUCGUCUAGCCGAUGGCAAGACCGACGCAAUCAGUGCAACCUCUGGGCCAUUCAAGGUCGGCUCCACCCACAAGGCCCGCAUCACAGAUUUCGGUGCAUUUGACGGGUUGUACGGGGUGUCACUGCAGCAGUCUGUGCUGGACCAACGAUACCUACGGCUGCAAGACGUCUCACCUGGCGACAAAGUCCUAGUCAAGAUCGAAAAGGUCUUGAUCGGCCCUGCAGGCAUCAAGGGUCUCAUCGUCAAGAUCACGGAUACCAUCACAGGCUUCAUCCCUAACAUCCAUCUUUCCGAUGCUGUUUUGUCAAAUCCAGAGAAGAAGUUCAGAGAAGGUGUAACUCUUAAGGCACGCGUGCUGUACGUGGACACCAACAAACGCGAGAUCCGCUUGACCGCGAAGAAGACUCUGGUCAACACUGAUUUGAGCCUGUGGACAACAUACGGGGAUGUGCAACAAGGGCAGUCAUCGAUCGGUACACUCAUCAAAGUAGAUGCCAAUGGAGCUCUCGUCCAGUUCUUUGGCGACGUCAAAGGUUUCCUGCCUGUAGCUGAGAUGAGCGAAGCCUACAUCAAAGACGCUCGAGAGCAUUUCCAGGUGGGGAAAGUGAUGACAGUCCAUAUGCUCAGCGUAGACCCGGAGUUGAGGCGGCUGACGGUCUCCUGCCGCGAGACAGCAGCUCUCAAAUCAGUGCCUGAGUCCGCUGCAGCGUCAUUAAAAGCUGGCACCUUGGUCAAUGGGACAGUCUUCGAGAAAGCAUCGGAUGAUAUCUUGCUGCGCAUAGAGGGUAGUGCGAGCAUCGCUCGUCUCUCUGUCGAUCAUGUCAGCGACGGGUCCUUGAAGAAACGCAAGUCUGCCCUCGACAAAAUCCGGGUCGGCCAAACACUCGAGGGCCUACUUGUCCUGGACAUCCAGGCGAAGCGCAAUCUGGUCAUACUUUCGAAUCGCAAAAGUCUUGCAAAAGCUGCUGCCAAGGGUACUUUUUUGACAAGCUUUGAAGGCCUCGAGAUUGAUAAGGCUGUGACAGGCUUCGUGUCUAAUAUCACUUCGGACGGAGUCUUCGUCUCAUUCGCCUCUCGAAUCAGUGCCUUGAUUCCUACCAAAAACUUGCCUGACGAUCAGACGGAGCAGGAAGACUUCGGCAUGACCAAGUUCCAGGCAGUCACGGCGAAAAUUUCAAAGGUCGACUUCAAAGGAGCAACUCCUCGCUUCUGGCUAAGUCUGAAAGAGUCAGUUGCUGUAGAGACUGGGAAGCAAGACGCGCCAGAUAUUUCACCAGGCAAGGCACUUGUGGAGCCGGUGGACGCCAAUCUUACCACGGAAGCACAGCUGAUUGUUGGUGCUGUGACCAAGGCACGCAUUUCAUCCGUCAAGGAGUCUCAACUGAAUGUAGAGCUUGCGAAAGAUGUACAGGGCCGUAUCGAUGUCUCAGAAAUUUACGAUCAGUGGGAGGACAUCAAGGAUCGCAAGAAACCUUUACAGAAGUUUGCCCCUAAGCAGAUCAUUGAUGUGAGGAUUCUCGGUGCUCAUGACACACGGACCCAUCGCUUCCUUCCUCUCUCGCAUCGCUCUGGCAAGACCACAGUCUACGAACUUACAGCAAGACCGCAAGCCAUCAUCAGCACUGAGCUUAGCACACUGGGCUACGAAGAUCUGAAACCUGGCGACAGCCAUAUUGCAUUCGUCAACAACAUUGAAAGCCAAUAUGUUUGGGCGAAUAUCUCACCAUCUGUGCGUGGUCGAAUAAUGAACACCGACCUCUCCGAUGACCUAGCCACCGCAGCUGAUGUCGAGACCAACUUCCCCAUCGGAUCGGCCCUUCGCGUUCGCGUAACGUCAGUGGAUACUGCCAAAGGCCGCCUGGACCUGUCGGGCAGAUCCACUGGAUUGGCGAAAUCACUGACGAUCAACGACUUGGCUGUUGGUCAGAUACUGGCUGGUAGAGUCACAAAGCUAUCGGAUCGCCAGGUUAUCCUAUCUCUUAGUGAUGACCUAGCGGGCGCCAUCGACCUGAUUGACCUAGCUGACGACUAUAGGGACGCAAACACUGCAGCAUUCCAGAAGAACGAGAUCGUCAGGGCGUGUGUUGUCCGUGUCGAUGUGCCGAACAAGAAGGUCUCGCUGUCGACCAGACCCUCCAAGAUCCUGAGCUCGUCGCUGCCUGUCGCAGAUCCGGAGCUGACCAACAUCGCUCAGAUCAACGUGAACGAUGUGUAUAGAGGCUUCAUUCGCAACGUCGAUGAGAAGGGCAUUUUCGUGACGCUGGGACACGGCUUCACGGCUUUUGUUCGCGUCAGCAAUCUGUCCGACGACUAUCUCAAAGAAUGGAAAGACGGCUUCCAGCGCGACCAGCUCGUCAAAGGCAAGGUAAUCUCCGUUGACAAGCAUUCAGGUCACAUACAGAUGAGUCUCAAGGAGUCUGUCAUCUCCACAGAUUACAAGCCUCCCAUGAAGUUUACGGAUCUACAUGUCGGCGAUAUCGUGACUGGCACGGUUGCAAAGGUUGCGGAAUUUGGCGUUUUCAUCCUUGUGGACAACUCAGAGAAGAUCAGAGGUCUAUGCCACCGAAGCGAGAUUGCUGAACGACGGAUCGAAGACGCCCGCAAGCUAUUCAAAGAAGGAGAUGCUGUCAAAGCCAAGAUUCUCAAGGUUGACCUUGGUAAGCGGCAGGUGAAUUUCGGGCUCAAAGCGUCAUACAUUGGUGGCGUAGAGGAGCUCGAAGACGAGGUCCAGGAAGCCGGUGAAUCGGAUGCCGACAUUGAGGGUCUUGACAACGGCGUGGAAGAUGAAGAUCUUGAAGACAGCUCUGCGGAUGAAGAGGGCGGUACAUCUAUUGACGAUGAUGAGUCGGAAGCCGCCGAUGUGAAUGACGCAGAGGUGGAUGCCUCCGAGAGCAACUCAGACGACGAGGCCUCUAAGGCCACCGCCAAAGCACAACCGAUAACGCUCAAAGUCGGCGGCUUUGACUGGCACGGCAUCUCAACGCCAUCAAGCAGCAAACGUACAUUGGCUGCUGCGGACAGUGACGAGGAAGCUGCGGUCGAGAAACCGAAGAAACGCAAGAAACGCGCAGAUAUCGAGAUCGACCGAACGGGUGACCUCGACGCCCACGGACCCCAAUCCGCCGAUGACUUCGAGCGUCUCCUGCUAAGCGAUGCCGAUUCCUCAAUGCUUUGGCUGCAGUACAUGGCUUUCCACAUGAAUCUCGGCGAUGUUGAUGAAGCACGCCAGAUCGGAGAACGUGCUCUUAAGUCAAUCGGCUUAGGCCAAGAUGCCGAGAAGCAGAACAUUUGGGUAGCACUGCUCAAUCUCGAAGUCGCUCAUGGGGAUGACGACAGCCUGGAUGCAAUCUUUCAGCGCGCAUGCGAAUACAACGACCCCAAAGAUAUGCAUGGUCGGCUUGUUAGUGGGCUCAUACAAGCUCACCAGUACGACAAGGCCGAUGACCUGUUUCAAACGAUGCUCAAGAAAUAUACGCAAGACCCCAAGAUCUGGACCAACUACGCGACUUUCCUCUUCGACACCAAGGGUGAUGCAGAUAAAGCUAGAGACAUCCUCCCGCGAGCACUUCAAACGCUGCCCCAAUUCACGCACCUGGAUGUGACGUCGAAAUUCGCACAGCUGGAAUUCAAGUCCGAAGCAGGCGUGCCCGAGCGCGGACGUACAAUCUUCGAAGGUUUGAUCGCAAGUUUCCCCAAGCGCAUCGACUUGUACAAUGUGCUCCUGGAUCUGGAGCUGAAGGUCGGGGACGAGGAGCAGAUCCGGACUCUGUUUGAGCGGGUCACGGCAAGUAAGUUGAAGCCAAAGCAGGCCAAGUACUUCUUCAAGAGGUGGCUUGAGUUCGAGCAGAAGGGCGGCGAUGAGGAUAAGAUCGAGGCUGUCCAGGCGAAGGCAGCGACUUGGGUUCGAGAGGGACAGCGAGGAGAGUGA